AUGGCGCCUCCAUCGUACCAGUAUCAAACCUUCUCAGGCGAAGCAAUGUCUAGCGACGGCAAGCAAGACACAGUGGUAUCGGCAGAUGCACAGGAGGACGCUCACAGCCGCCAACCGUCCCGCGGGGUAUUCUCAAAUGUCGCGCGAAAGAUCUGGGGCGAUGACCCUCGGGAGAGAAAGUACAUCCAAAGGCUUGAUAGCUUCCUAUUUUCGUAUGUUUUGCUGGGAUACUUUAUCAAGUACCUAGACCAGACGAACUACAGCAAUGCAUUCGUAAGUGGCAUGCAAGAAGAAUUGGGUUUGUAUGGAAAUGAGAGAAAUCUCCUCAACACAUAUUUCAAUAUCGGCAUCAUCCUGGGUACUAUACCCGCGCAGAUGAUCCAGUUGAAGUGGGUGCGCCCGUCGAUAUGGAUUCCCGCCUGCGAGCUGGCGUGGUCGGCCUUGACAAUGCUGUACGCAUUGCGUUUCUGCAUUGGGCUUCUCGAAUCGUGCAGGUUCCCUGGCUUUGCGAGUAUCUUGGGGAGUUGGUACGGAAAGACCCAGCUCGCGAAGCGCAUGGCCCUUUUUGAGCAGACGGCUGCGAUCGCUGGAAUGUUCAGCGGGUACUUACAGGCUGGGUUGUACACUGGCAUGAAUGGGACUGCAGGCCUGUCGGGUUGGCGCUGGCUAUUCGUCAUGGAUGGGGUCAUCUCGAUACCGAUUGCCCUAUACGGAUUCUUCGCCCUACCAGACUUGCCGCACAACACGCGAGCAUUUUAUCUCAAGAAGGAGGACCGCGAGUAUGGACUAGAAAGAACCAAGAAGAUGGGUCGCAAGCCGCCGACAAAACUCACACUCAAGGCCAUCAAAGACAUCUAUACAUCUUGGCAGCUUUGGGCUUUCAUCCUGCCCUAUCUCAUGGUUGCUGAAGCUGGGUCUGGUACUGGAUACUUCAAUCUCUAUCUGAAGUCUGAGGGCUACUCGGUUGUCCAGACGAACGUUCUCCCAACAAUAGGAAACGCGAUCCAGAUCGUAGCGGCCUUUUCGGUAGGAUGGCUCUCGGAUGCGACAGGCAACCGCGUUCUAACUGUGGUUUUCGUGCAAGUACUCGUCUUGGUAUCGAACAUCAUAUUGUCGAUAUGGAACGUGCCCAAAGCAGCACUUCUUGCGGCCUUUUACCUGAGUUACACGGGCGGAGCAGCACAGCCGGUGGUGAUCAGCUAUGGACAUGAGAUCACGCAGUGGAACGCUAACCUGCGACAACUUCUUGUUGCCACAGGAAACAUCUUUACGUAUACCUUCAGCGCCUGGAUGCCUGUGGUAUUAUUCCCAACAUAUGAUGCACCUAAGUACAAAUACGGACAUCAGAUCCUGAUUCUUUUCGGUGGUCUUGCGGUCAUCGGAAUGCACCUGCUAGACUAUUUGUACAAAAGAGACCUAAAGCGAAAUCCUCAUCUGUACGAGCUUGACGGUGAGACUGUCGGCGACAAUGACUCGCAGAAUGAGAACGUCACAGACGGAUUGCGACCUUAA